AUGGAGGCCAAGAUCGCCACGGCGCGGCAGACCUUCGCUCUCGACCUUCAGGGGUUCAAGCUGAGGGCCUUGCCCAAGGGCCUGUUCGACUUGAAGGAGCUCUCGGCGCUCAACGUGAGCAGCAACGACCUGACCGCGCUCGAGGACGAGGUGGUCCGAUUACUGCCGGCUCUCACCAGCCUGCGCAUUAACGGCAAUAAGCUCACGGGGCUGCCAUCGCUCGGCAGCGGCGCGUUGAAGGAGCUCGAGGUGCUCGACGUGGGCAAGAAUCGGCUGCGAUCGCUGCCCGGAAGCGUGGGCGAUCUCUCGGCGCUGGUGCGGCUCAUCGCACACUGCAAUCUGCUCGAGGAUCUGCCGCCGGGGGUGGGCGAGCUGGCCAAUCUCACGGUACUCGAUCUAAGCACGAACAACCUCAAGCAGCUGCCGCCCGAGGUGGGCAAGCUGCACGCCCUCAAGAGCCUCGACAUCGACAACAACCGACUCAAGACGCUGCCCCCUGAAUUCGGGGACCUCGGCAGCCUCACGCAGCUCACCUGCGCCAACAAUCUCUUUUCCCACUUCCCCGAGUCCAUCUGUCGGCUGGGCUUCCUCAAGACUCUCAACAUUUCGUGCAAUCGCAUCACACAACUCCCGGACGCGAUCGCGCAGCUCGGGGACUCCAUCACCGAGCUCGACCUCAGCGGCAAUCGAUUCGUGACCUUUCCCGAAUCUCUCGCCGGCUGCCGAUCUCUCAUCACUCUCGACUUUCGCGACAACAACCUGUGCGACCUUGCCGACAACAUCAGCCAGCUCUGCGAACUCGCCACCCUCAACCUCUCCCACAACAAGCUCACGACCCUCCCUCGUCAGAUCGGCGAGAUGACCGUCCUCAUGGAGCUCAACCUCAGCAAGAACAAGAUCGCCCACCUGCCUCCUGAGCUCGGCCACCUCUCCUUCCUGGGCAAGCUCUACUUGAGCCGCAACGCCCUCGCCACCCUGCCCAUCGAGCUCUCCAACAUCGCCUUCAUUCAGGAGCUCGACCUGUCCAACAACGGCCUGGACGACCUCCCCAUCGAGAUCUUCAAGCUCGACAAGCUGCAGACUCUGAAGCUGGACUGUAACAACCUCACCCACCUUCCACCCGAGCUGGGCCAUCUCUUCCGCCUCCAGCAUCUCUACGUCUCCAAUAACCAGCUCACCACCCUCCCCGCGGAGAUCUCGCAGCUCUCUCGUCUCCAGGUUCUUUCGAUCUACCAGAACGCAAUCAAGCAACUCCCAGACGGCAUGGGUGCGCUGAAGCACAUCGAAUCGAUCUGUUUGGGCGACAACCUCCUCGACGAGUCCGGCCUUGCUGCUCUCGAGAAGGCCACGAUGCCUGCGCUGGAGCAGUUGGUCCUGAGCGGCAACAGGUUGACGUCGAUUCCAGAGGGAUUGUGCAACCUCGCUUCGCUCAAGGAGCUCUACCUGAGCCGAAACGAGAUCGCCGAGCUGCCCGAGGCCAUCACUCGCCUCAACAAGAUCCGGAUCUUCGACCUCUCCGACAACGCCAUCGCUGCGCUUCCGUCGUUCAUCUCCUCGCUGCACUCUCUGCGCGAGAUCAACCUGUCCUACAAUCGACUGAGCAGUCUGCCGCCGGAGUUCGUCAAGCUGACCAACCUGUGCGUGCUGUACCUCAUGCACAACAACCUCACCGACCUCCCCGAGGACCUCCAGGCCAUGCGAUACCGCAACUGCUACCACAUGGAUCUCGAGGACAACCUCAUACCGGACCUCGCCCUGCUUCUCGGCCAGACGAAGAGGAAGAAGCGCAAGCGCGCCACGUCGAAGCUCAAGGACGCCGAUCGACUCACCAAGUCCAAGGACGAGAAGUCGCGCGUGGCCGGCAUUUCCGAGAUGAUGGGCAAGAGGCCGUCUAUGGAGGACACCGUCUCCACUCAUCUCGCUUUCUCGGGCAUCGAUGGAGAGGAUUUCUUCGCAGUGUUUGAUGGUCAUGCCGGACGGGCCUCUGCCGUCUUCGCAGCGGACCACUUCCACGGCGUGCUGGCCAAAAAGGUGAUGGAGGAGAACGGACAGGGUCUAUCCGCGAAGAGGCGAGGCUCCAGGGACAAGGGAAAGGAGAAAGACGGCGCGAGCGACGAGGGGAAGCAGAAGAAGGGCUCAUUUUGGAACAAGCGAGCGGCGAAGAGGUCGAGGGAGCUCUCCCGAGUUAAGGCGAGCAGCGGCGAACUGACGGACGUGGCCGCGGCGGAGCGCACAGAGGGCAAGGACAAGGAAGAGGAGGGCGACAUGAGCGACUUGAGCAGUCGGAUGAGCGCAGAGGGGGAGCAGCAGGAAGCGGAGCAGGAGCAGGAGGACAGCGAUGAGGAGCCCAUCAAUUUUCCCAAGGGCGUGGGCGAAGACUCGUCUAAGGAGGCGCAGGCUACGUUCAGCGCUCUGAUCAAGAGCUUCCUGGAGAUGGACGAGCUCAUGAAGGACAAUCGGGACGGCGCAACGGCUGUGGUCACUCUGGCCUCGAUGAGAUUACUGACCUGUCUUGCCGUCAUCGUGAUGUUAGGCUGA